UGAUAACAGAGCAGAUCUCUAGCCAAGAAUUGAGAUUUCUUGCGGAUUGAAGUGGCCUAUUCUCAAUCGAAUCACCAGGGAAACUAACUGGCAGAACGGACGUCUCCGAAGCAAUAUCUCACGCCCUACCACAAGAACCGAGCUCUGCUAUUGAAAAAUUCCAAAAGCUUCAAUAUGGUAGGACUACUGUAGCUCUCUGAAAGAAACAGUGCAGGAAACUUCUCCAGAGUAUACUUUAAGCUAUUGAUUGAAGAGGACAUAGUUUUGAUCCGACCAGCAACACCAUGUCCUACUCAUUCAUCUACAAGAACCCGCACGCUCGAACAUGGACACACACGUACGAUACAGACAUAAGUCUGGCUCAAGCCUUCCACAAGCGCCUCCCUGGGUAUAAAGAGACUCCACUUGUACCGCUGAAUGACCUCGCGAAAGAGCUGGAUGUCAAAGCAAUCUUCGUCAAAGACGAAAGUAGCCGGCUCGGACUGCCGUCCUUCAAGGUCCUCGGUGCUUCAUGGGGCACUUUUCGUGCAAUCGUGGAGAGGCAUGGACUUUCUCUUGACUCAAGCCUUGAAGAUGUGUCGGAUGCGGCGAAGAAAUCGGAGACUGUGCUUUUCGCGGCCACCGAAGGCAACCACGGCCGGGCUGUAGCACGAAUGGGCAAGAUAUUGGGCAUUCCGGUUCGGAUCUUCAUGUCCAGAUUCGCUGACCGUGAGACCUGCCAAAAGAUUGAAAGCGAAGGCGCCGAAGUCACAGUCAUCCCUGGUAGCUACGAUGAUGCUGUCUCAAGGGCCUUCCAGGAAUCACAGGAGGCGCCGACUGGCCUUCUUAUCCAAGACAAUGCCUUCGAUGGAUACGAACAAAUCCCGGCCUGGAUCGUUGAAGGCUAUUCAACACUUCUCUCCGAAGUUGAGCAGCAGCUCAAAGCGCAGAGAUUGGAAGCGACCAUGAUUGUCAGUCCCAUCGGCGUUGGCUCUCUGGGUCACUCUGUUGCCGCGUUUUGUAAGUCUGACGGCAGGCAAAUCGGUGUUUUGGCCGUGGAGCCCGAGACCGCUGCAUGUUUGCACCAAAACCUCAAAUCCAGCAAAUGGAGCACGAUCGAGACAUCGGCAACCAUCAUGAAUGGCAUGAAUUGUGGGACUGUCUCGCCUAUCUCCUGGCCAGUGCUUUCCAAAGCGGUCGAUGCCAGCAUCACAGUAUCGGACGUGGAAUGCCAUCAGUCAAUACAGUACCUUCAAGUCCAUGGCAUUAAUGCUGGGCCUUGUGGAGCUGCUGCACUCGCCGCGAUCAAGAAAGUCAGCUCGACAGAUACUUUGUUCGCAGGCAUGUCGAAAAAUGCCGUCAUUGUGCUAUUGAGCACUGAGGGUGCGAGAGCCUACGCCUCUCCAGGUAUGCCUUCUUAAUCUCGUCGAGCGCAAAUGGCAAACUACAGCUGGAAUGAGUGGCUAUCUAUCUGAUUUACGUCUUAUGCGCAGCAGCGCCGGGUCCAUGGACACUGAUGGAGAACCAAGCCGUCAAUAGCGACCAGGCAAAAGAGGAAGUGUAUAUGAGGCGAAAAGAACUCGCCUCAAGGGAAUCACUCUCCAAAAUAAUAGAGCUCCAUGCAAGCAAUCACGUCUUCGGCUGCAUCGGAGCCU